AUGGAGCCUUCCAACAGCCUUGUUCACGCAUCCAAGUCCACUGAUAUAAUUUCCAUGGGAGCGCGUGCUGAGUAUGGAAAGAGAUCCCCCAAGCCGUCCCAACAGAUCUUUCAGGACGGAUCCGAAUUUGGAGGAGAAAUCAUUGUGGAAGGGGGCGGAGCGGUUACGCAGGGCAAUGAAAUCAAAGGAGACAUUGACGUCAGGACAAUCAAUCAAAACGGCUCUAGAUUCACGGCAAGAGCUCGUGUGAAGGAUCAGAACUCCACCUUCUUUCAGAGGAAUCUCAUUGAGAAAUGGUCGGUGUAG